GAACUGUGAUGAAAUGAAGUUGGUGAAAUGUAUUAUUUAUUAAUAUAAUUAUUAUGUAACGGAUUUCGCACGGGCACGGUCCUGAGUCCACAGUCGAUGGAAUUUUUAUAGUGGACGCAACAGUGAAAUGUGCCUAAUGAAAGUAACACGUCACCAGUAUUUUACGUACGCUAUAGGAUAGUUGGCAGUCUUAACAGAGUCAAUAUUGAACUUAAACGUAUCAACAUGAACAAGUGGAUCGAGAACGCCGUAGAACUAGAAUCGAACAUUCAGUCGUAUCCAAAUCCAGGAACCAAAGUUUUUCAAUACGGCACGUCGGGCAUUCGUUAUAAUUCUGAACACCUGGACCAUGUUCAUCAUCGGAUGGGCAUGUUGGUGGCUUUGCGCUCAAUACAUUUGAAAUCGGCGGCAGUCGGGCUAAUGAUAACAGCCUCGCACAAUCCACAAGAGGAUAAUGGCAUAAAACUCAUUGACCCUCAAGGAGAAAUGUUGGAUAGCUCGUGGGAAKUGUAUGCUACUGAAUUGGCUAAUGCCUCCAACAACCAGGAUGUAUGUGCCAUGCUCAUAAAUAUUGCUUUAAAGUAUAAUAUUGACAAAACAUAUAUACCUCGUGUGUACAUCGGUCGUGAUACUAGAAAUUCUGGUAAAAGAUUAUUGGAAGCUGUGCUUUGCGGUGUUAAAGCUUUUAAAAGUAAUGUUGAAGAUUUUGGCAUAAUAACAACACCAAUGUUACAUUUUUUUGUUAGAUGUUAUAACACCAAUUGCCUAUACGGUCAGCCGAAUGAACAUUCUUAUUAUACUAAAUUAACAAAUAGUUUUAAAACUUUGCGUAAAAUGUGUUUAGAUUUGAAAAAUUAUAGCCCUAUAAUAGAAUUUGAUGGUGCUAAUGGGGUAGGUGCUUUAAAAAUGAAAGAUGCAGUUAUAUAUUUAGAGGAAACACUAAUGAUUAAUAUGCAUAAUGAUGACAUAUUGAAUACAGUAAAACUAAAUUACAAAUGCGGUGCAGACUAUGUGAAGUCAAACCAAUGUCCUCCUACUGGGAUGACUAUUAAACCAUACUCUAAAUAUGUGUCUGUGGAUGGAGAUGCGGAUAGAAUAGUUUAUUCUUUUGUUGAUGAAAACAACAAAUUUUAUUUAUUAGAUGGUGAUCGAAUUGCUACACUUGUGGCUGGUUAUAUAAAAGAUUUAUUCAUCGCUUCUGGUCUUGAUGUCAAUGUAGGAUUGGUUCAAACUGCUUAUUCAAAUGGAAACUCUACAAAAUAUGUAACUGAUAAGUUGAAAGUACCAGUUGCAUGUGUUCCGACUGGUGUGAAACAUCUUCAUCAUAAAGCUAAUGACUAUGAUGUUGGCAUUUAUUUCGAAGCUAAUGGUCAUGGUACUAUAUUAUUCAAGGAUGAUAUUCGUGAGCUUAUUCGAAAUCAAUCUGCUAUUGAAAAAAAUGAGGUAAUGUCACUGGCACUGAAGAAAUUGAUUUGCAUCAUGGAUAUGACUAAUGAAACAGUAGGUGAUGCUUAUUCUGAUAUGCUGAUUGUUGAGUCUGUACUUUGUGAACGAGGAUGGAGCAUAAGUGAUUGGUAUAAAACAUACUCUGAAUUGCCAAAUCGUCUAACAAAAGUUACUGUUAAGGACAGAAAUAAAUUUGAAACUGGCGAUGCUGAAAGAAUAUGUAUCAAACCACUAGGCCUUCAAAGAAUAAUAGAUUCUAUUGUGUCAAAGUAUUCUAUGGGCAGAUCAUUUGUCAGUACUAGUCACUGUUAUUAUCACCCAUGUAACAUAUUGGCCAUAUUGUAUCCAUGUGUUGUUUCAAUUUUUUCAUAAUGAUUUGGGAGCCGUCAAAAUAUUAUGUACAUCCAAAGAAGCCACGGGAUGAAAAAGUUUGAACACCUYUGUGAYAUAUGGUAGAACCUUGAUUAUCCGAAUCUCCAUUAUACAAACCYUCUAUUAUCCAAACUAUAAUAAGCGUAUUCAAACAUAAAAACUCGUAUCUGACUGGUUUMUCRAAUUUAUCAUAACUCUCGCUUUUGGCUUAUUAUUAGGGGCAGUCCAUUUUCAACCAAAUUUAAAAUAGUUCGAUUUCAUUUU